AGAAGAGACCAUAGACUUCUACCUCGGCCUAGAGCGGCCCUUAAAGUGCGUGGGAGAGGAGGGCGGGCGGGGACCACCCCAGAACUGGCCGCCGGCGGUAUCAUGGCGUCCCGGAACCCCCCUCCCCAAGAAUACGAAAGUGAUGACGACUCUUACGAAGUGUUGGAUUUAACUGAGUAUGCAAGAAGACACCACUGGUGGAAUCGAGUGUUUGGCCACAGUUCGGGACCUAUGGUAGAAAAAUACUCUGUAGCUACCCAGAUUGUAAUGGGUGGCGUGACUGGCUGGUGUGCAGGAUUUUUGUUCCAGAAGGUUGGAAAACUUGCAGCUACUGCAGUGGGAGGUGGCUUUCUUCUCCUUCAGAUCGCCAGUCACAGUGGCUAUGUGCAGGUCGACUGGAAGAGAGUUGAAAAAGAUGUAAACAAAGCAAAAAGACAGAUUAAGAAACGAGCAAAUAAAGCAGCACCUGAAAUCAACAAUAUAAUUGAAGAAGCAACAGAAUUUAUCAAACAGAACAUAGUGAUAUCCAGUGGAUUUGUGGGAGGCUUUUUGCUAGGCCUUGCAUCUUAAGGACAUGAAUGUUCUACUCUAGUAGUGGAUCCAACUGUGAGAAGGGAAGUGGUGGCAACAGGGUGAUCACUCAACAGCACAUGCCACCAGAGUCUCCAGAACAAGGAGAAACAACUAGCUGGACAAUACCAGAUUCACAACUUAGCAUUUUGCCACCUGAAGCUUGGCAAACUAGUAUCUGCUGUAAAACAACCUAUAUGGUAUGUGAAUAAUAGUAUUCUGGAGCAAACCAUGGCUUUCGUCAUUUUUUAAACAUUUGCAUCUAUUUAGAAACUAGUGUGUAAGAUAUCACCAUUGGAGAGAGAAAAAAUUGGUUGGAUUUAUUGCCCAAUAAAAUAUCCUCCUCUUAUUUAAAUAAGGUGUUCUUCAUUGUGCUUUAUAGUAUAGUGCCAAUAAUUAAAAACUAGCUUCGAUAUUAGGGCUGACUUUUUUUUAAAGCUAUGUUUGCAAUAAACUGAAGAAUCGUGGUGCCCUUUUGUGAAAGACUUUAGAAAUAAUAGCAUUAUUAAAGUCAUUAUAUAGAUUCUACUGAUGUAAUACCAGUCUUUGGGUUUUUUUUUCCUACAGUUCUUACUAUGCUUAUAUAAUAACUGCAUUUCAAAGAAGGCUCUUCUGAGGAGAUAUUACAUCAUGUCUAAAUCUCUUUUUCCCAUUUUGAUGUCUGUGGUUUUAAAAAUACUUCUUGUAUGUUAGCUUCUAAUUUGUUUAUUUGUCAUCCUGGGCAGAAGUAAGUGGAACACACAUAGUUGGGUCAUUCAUUCAUUUUAUUAACCUUGAGUGUACUUCCUUUUUCAUUUCUAAAAAUCCUAAUUCAUAUGUUGGCCCCUUCACCAAAAAGUAAAUGUUGCUUUAAAAUACUUAGUAUAAUGUGAAUUUACUGUCUGAAGAACCAUGAUUUUUUAUGUAAGUAUAAAAUUGUAGUUUAAAGAGAAUUGUCUCCUUUAUCUAGUCUGAGAUGUAAGUACUAACACUUUCGGGCUUUUUGUAGCAUUAUGUUGGCUGAACACUAGGCCAGUUUAUUUGUUUCUCAGGGCCAACAUCAUAUUCUUUCACAGCUUUCUUAGCCCAGAAAGCUUUCUGCAUUGUUAGUUUUGUCUGUAGAAUACUUAGUUGUAAUUGGGAAAAACAACAUGGAGACGUUAGAUUGAAAAGACUUUGAAGAUAUUGAGACUAUUGUCAUUUGAUAGGACAUCAUUGUAGUAUAUUUUGUGUAUUGUAAACAUAAUGAUGUUUUCAUACUUUCAAGAUUGGUUACAGAGUACUUUCCUUAUCGUGAGACUCCUUAAAAUUAAAUGUGGAAUCCAUCUUUAAUUUCUUCCUUUAUUUUCAUUAGUGCCUCAGAUAUAACGCUAAAUAAAACUCAGACUUUCUUAAUAUGA